UUCGGCUCAAAGCGACGUCAGCCGUCACUGGGAGGAGUUACUACUGCAAAGUGCAAACUACCAUUUUACGGGCUGUGGGGGAGUCGUUUGAGCUAGUUAUUUUGUAAAAUACUGAGGUAGUAUCGAGGUACAAAAAACAAUGCUCUCUUUCUUAUCCACGUUAUCUAAGGCGUGAGAGAAAAGUGUCCUUACAGGCUCGCUCCGACCUGUAAGCAGCGGUGGUCCGAUGGCGUGGUAGGAAGCUCAUUCCCUUUGAUUGGUGUUCUUUUAUGGUCUUGCGAUGCAUCGGUGCUUGAGGGCGGUGCUAAAGAUGGUGUCCUGCGAGAGGCCCGCCGUUAGGAAGCCCAGUGUACAAGUGUGUGUAAAGAGGAAGUAUUCUGCCGGUCUGCUGAAAAAUCCUUCUGGGAGUCUGAGAACAUCGGCCAGAAUGCCAGAAAUAGACACUGAUAACCUGGACGAGAAGCAGGUCCAGCUCCUCGCCGAGAUGUGUAUUCUGAUUGAUGAGAACGACUGCAAGACAGGAGCUGAUAGCAAAAAAAACUGCCAUCUGAAUUCAAAUAUCGAUAAAGGUUUACUGCAUCGUGCAUUCAGCGUUUUUCUGUUCAACAGCGAAGAAAAGCUCUUAUUGCAGCAAAGAUCUGAAGCCAAGAUCACCUUUCCAGGGUGUUAUACCAAUACAUGCUGCAGCCACCCCCUCUAUACACCGACUGAAAUUGAGGAGCAGGAUGCAAUCGGUGUAAGGCGUGCUGCCCAGAGACGGAUUGAGGCUGAGCUGGGAAUCCCACAGAAUCAGGUCCCUCCGGAGGAGAUGACGUACCUCACGCGGAUACACUACAAGGCUCAGUCGGACGGCAUCUGGGGAGAACAUGAAAUCGACUACAUACUGUUCAUGCAGAAGGACGUGGAGCUCAACCCGGACCCCAACGAGAUCAAAAGCCACUGUUACGUCACUAAAGAGGAACUUAAGGACAUGCUGAGGAGGGCUAAAAACGGUGAGCUGAAGAUCACACCCUGGUUCAGUCUGAUCGCAGAGACCUUCCUCUUCAGGUGGUGGGACAACCUUCACAACCUAAAGCAGUUCAUGGAUCACGAGAAGAUCCACCGGAUGUAAUGGCACACAUGUUUUUGACUCGUUUGAUUACCUGAAAGAAAGCUGCUAUCAGGAUUGUACUGGACUGUACCACUAUAGGCAUGUCUUGCUCAUUUUCUUCACAGGAGCAUGGCUACAUUUUAUAGUUUUAGAAAUUAAUUAAUAUUUUUAAGUGCCUAGUCAUCUCUGAAGCUAUGGUAUGGAGCAUUGUUGUAUGUAGGGGCUAGGUGCUGCAAAGUUUCCAUUACAAUGUAAAUGAAUUUACAGCACAUUUUUAAAACAUUUAAUUGUGGUCUAUAUUUUAUUUGAUUAAAUAAAAGGUGCAUCUUGGCA